CCAAGUGAUUCUGCCUGCUGCCUGCUGCCUUCACACUGCACCAGUGCAGGGGGCUUGACCAAGGAAGGGCAUAGCUGAAGAGUUAGAGGGGAACUCCAACAAACAGAGGUUGCGUGACUCGAAUGUUGUUGGGAGUGUGCAAAUGCACACACCUGCAGGAUGUAACACGGAGGAGUCAAGCAGCCAGAAGCAGCACAGAUCAGCAGGCGAGGAGAGAAGCGGAGGCAGGUUCAGACCAGACGCACAGGCCGGGGCAGGUUCAUGAAGCUCCUGGCACAACCAAGGAGGAGGAGCGAGGAUGCACUCCAAGAAGCAAGAUCUAGAUGCAGGCAAAGAGGGUCCCGGGACAGGAGUGCAAGCUGAGAAGAUGUGAGCUAAUAGCGACCGAACUAUUUUCUCACAGGAAGCCAUUCCACGACUUGAAGAUGGAGGCACAGGGCAAAGAGGAGGAAACUUACAUCUUAGUGGAAUAUGCCUUUGAGUACACUGCCAAGGAUGGGCGUCUCGUGUCGAUAAAGCCCAAUGAGCGAUAUGUGUUGCUGAAGCGAACAAAUGACCACUGGUGGCAUGUUAGGAAGAGCAAAGAGACCCGGCCCUUCUACAUCCCAGCAAAAUAUGUCAGAGAGCUGCCUCCUAUGGCCCAGACUGAGCCACCUUCUGAGAAUCUGCCCCCCACAACCCUGCUGGAGAAUGCCGACUUAAGGGCUUCCAUUGGGGUUGCCCAGGAGCAGCCACCUGAGUAUGAAUAUCGGUUUGUGAGUGCUGCUCAAGCAUGUGAGGUUCAAAAGACAGAUAUGAAUGAACCCAGGGAUUCUUCCCAGGCCCAUUGUGUCUCCUCACAGGCAGGACUGGAGGUCCCUCUUGAUGUCGGCAAAAAGGUUCUGCCCCCCGUGUAUGGAACAGUGAGAGCUACCCCUGGCAGCCUGCGCACAUCUCAUGGCUGCCUUAAGCCUCAUUGCCCAACUGGGCCCAACUGUUCCCGUGUAGGCUACAACCAUUCCGCUGAAUACAUCAGGCCAACAGUGUCCCUGGAUGACCUGGCCAGGUUCACUUCUCACAGCCAAGCAGGCAUGGAGGACUUAGGAUUGUACAAAGCAGCUUCGUGGGGUCAUCCUCGCACACUCCUCAAGAGCAACUCUGAAAACUUCUGUAAGCCAGCAGUGGAGGAAGUGAAGCAGGCCGUCAAGGAGUGGGUCACAGACCUCUGUGCAAGACAGAAGCACACGGAAGCAGAUCCUGUGUAUGUGAAUCUCCAGGAGCUCCAGAAAGAACUGAGCACAGCUGCAGCUGCCAGUACGGACUGCAUUCAUCAGCCACACGUUGAUAGUCUUCCAUCUAAUUGGGAGACCCACAAAGACACAGAAAGUGGUCAGUUGUUCUACUACAACCCAGUGACUGGGCAAACGACAUGGGACUAUCCGGUUGAUGGCUCUGUGGAAGGUGUCAGUCCCACCCACUCUCGGUCCUCUUCUCUGACUCUCAGCCCCGCUGCACCUCCGGAGUGGGACCAAUAUGUAGACCAGGUCACUGGGCAGGUGUUCUUCUAUAAUACAGCAACAGGAGAGACGUCGUGGGAUGCACCUGUAGCAGGAGACACGCUCAGCUAUCCAGAGAUGCAGCCUGCGCUUGCACCCUACAGCCCUGCAGAUCGGAGGCCCCCAACUCCAGAAACUGACUACCCUGACCUUUCCCCCGAUGAACUCGACCGCUACCCUGAAGAAGAUUAUUCUCCAGUGGGCUCUUUCUCCUGUGUUCCUUCACCAAACCACAGUUGGGGUUCCUGCAGCAACCAGGAUGGGCUGGUGGUUGACUCAGACAUGGUACCGAUGCCUUGCCAUCACCACAGCACCAGCAGCGGGUCCAGCCUGGACAGCAGCACCUUUGGAAUCUGGCCAACCAACCAGUCGGCUUUCUCUCCUCCGAAGGAGGAGCAGUUCGAAACCCUUGAAAAGGCAGGGAUGCUUCAUCGGACAAAAACGGCUGAGAAAGGGAAGCGCCUGAGAAAGAACUGGAGUUCCUCAUGGACCGUUUUGCAAGGAGGUGUCUUGACAUUUUUCAAGGACUCGAAGCAUUCGGCUUCUGGCAGCGUGAAACAUCCCUCUGUGUUGAGUAGCCCGGAGCACACAGUGGAACUUCGUGGAGCAAUGCUCUCUUGGGCCCCCAAGGACAAAUCUAGCAAAAAACAUGUCCUGGAGCUGAAGACACGGGAAGGCUCCGAGUAUCUAAUCCAGCACGAUUCAGAGACCAUCAUCAGCAUGUGGCAGAAAGCAAUUGCGGACAGCAUCAGCAGACUGCCCAUGGAUUUUCCUCUGGAAGAUAAUGGGGAAAGCGCAACAGAUCUGGGAUCGAAGGAACAAGUAGGAAGUAACAGAGAAAAAGAGGGUGAGAAGAAGAGUCCAGCCUCCUGGCAUUCAUCCAGCUCUCUCAACACAGAAAGCGAGUCCAGUAAAGUCCGCAACAAGCUCCGGAAGUUUCUUUUGAGGCGGCCGACUCUUCAGAGCCUGCGAGAGAGAGGCUACAUCAAAGAUCAGGUGUUUGGAUGCCCUCUACAAACUCUGUGUGACCGUGAGAAGAGCACUGUGCCUCAGUUUGUUCGGAUGUGCAUCCGCACCGUGGAAAACAGAGGUUUGGAUAUUGAUGGACUCUACCGGGUAAGCGGGAAUCUGGCUACAAUACAGAAGCUGCGCUAUAAAGUUGAUCGUGACGAGCGAUUGGACCUCUGCGAAAGUCGUUGGGAUGAUGUUCAUGUCAUCACGGGGGCACUCAAGCUCUUCUUCCGUGAGUUGCCGGAGCCGCUCUUCCCCUUCAGCCAUUUUAACAAGUUUAUUGCAGCUAUCAAAAUUCCAGAGCCAGCCAAACGAAUCCUCCAUUUACGGGAGCUGGUGCAUUCUCUACCUGCUGCUAACCGCGAUACCAUGAAGGCCCUUUUCCAGCAUCUCUGCAGGGUUAUCGAGUUCCAAAAGGAGAACCGCAUGUCAGCACAGAGCAUCGCCAUUGUAUUUGGGCCGACACUGCUGAAGCCAGAGGCUGAAGAAGGGAACAUGACUGUGCAUAUGGUUUUCCAGAAUCAGAUUGUGGAGCAAAUCCUUAGUCAGUUCAGCUACAUUUUCCCAGAAAGCUAGACCCUCCGAGUGGGCUGGAAGGAGCCAGCUUGAAUGAAGUAGCGGAUUCAGUGCGAAGGCGGGUCCUAUCGCAAUGGUGAAAAUGAUGUUGCUGGGCAGUGCCGCAACUAAAUGCUGACGGUGGGGGGAGAAAGAGAUGACUUAUCUAUAUGACUAUAAAUAAAAGUAUCAGUACUGGAUUCUGAGUGCUCAGGGCUGCCUCUGUCUGACGUUGGAGACUUGUGUUAGGAAACCUUGUCGGCAGGGCUAAUCCUCCAAGGAAGCAUCCCUGAUCAGUGACCUUCAGCUUUCGGCUGGAGUAUCCCAGUGCUGAGGGAUGGUGUGAUUUGGUGCACACAAAGCUUCAGGAAGGGUUAUAUCCAUACCGUCAAAGCUCAAAGUGAGUCCUGCUAGGAAAUUGUAAUGGGGUGGCUCUACUCUUGUGGACUGGGCAUUAUAGACGUGUGUCUCACUGGUGGGUUUGCAUAGGGUUGGCUGCCCAUUCAGUGGACAUCUGAUGCUGAACACCCCACCCAUAUGCACUGCAGCAAACAGCAAGUGUGAUGCCAGUAGAUGGCCCUGGUGAUGCUGUACUAUGAAUCUGAACCAUCUGUUAUGGUGACGUAAUAAGUCAGUGACUGGGUUUCUCCUAACCUCCUUGCCUAAGUGUAACACUGAUGUAACCCUUGCUUGCUCCAGUGAGUGGCCAUGAAGGGUCGCUCAGCACUGUGUUUGGGCAAACUGGCUUCUGUUUGGUUUCCCUGUGCAUCGUAUCUGCUUCUUCCCAAUGGCAGUGGAGGAAGAAGACCAGAUUGUGUGCUCUACAGCCAAGGUCAGUUUACGGAGGUGGACCUUGGAGCAAAAGAAAGGUACCUGCUCAUGGUUGUUCAAGGCAUGGGAUGUGUCACCUGUUGGGGGCCUGUUCUGUUUUCACAUGAUGGAGAGAUUUAAUGUCUUAUACAAUGGUGUGCCUGCAAGGGGCAUGUAGCUUUCUGCCUGGAAGUGAGAUUUUUUUUAGUUUUGUUCUGUGUGACAGUUCUUAUUCUGCACCUGAUUGCAAAGGAAAGUGCACCGUGUGAGUUCUCACUGGUGCAGUCAAGAGAGUCUAAUUCAGGAACACGGGGCUGCCAUCUGACUGAGGACGACAGCCCUGUUCUUAGUAGCUUGGAUGGCACUUGCCAUGUGGAAGCUGCACUGUGGCUCAGAUCCAGGAGCUUGCCCAUUGCACCACUUUCCUUGAAUGACUGCUCAACAAAUUAAGAAAGUAGCUCAAAGGAACUAGCCAUUGGUAAAAAAGAUGUCUAAUAUGGAUAAGCCUGAUGAGAUCGAGAGCUUCACAGCAGUGUUAAAACAACUUAUCCAUUCACAUAGAUAGAGGAUCUCAGGAGAACUGUGUCUUCUGAGCCAUGCUUUUGAGAUUGCACUGUUAUGGAGAAAAAACUAGUUUUGAGGCCUGCCUUUUGCUGGAAAGUUCUUGCCACAGGAGGAGAUCUGGUAUUAAUACUUUGCCAUGUGGUACUAUUGAAAGAAGCAGGAUCAGUACCAAAUUGCAUGGGGCAGGGGCACCUGAGAGCACUUUCCAAUCCCAGUCUUAAUCCCAGCCAGAGGUCAGGAAUUGGUUUGCCUGCAGGGAAGGAGGGGGAGAUGCCCUUCCAAAGUGCCACUACGUGAACAUUUUGUCUUGCUAACCUGUGCAUACACAGCCCAGGUGCAUGUGGUUUGGAGGCAUUAAAUAUGCAUGCUAAGGUCUGAGACGUGAAUGCUUCAUAGCUGCAUGCAAAUCAUUAUUUAUUCUUUACAAUGGAGGUUUACUGCACCUAUGUGGGGUGAGGCUAAUGCUUCUAGGAAUUACUCAUGAGAGACAUGCUCCCCCCUCAUCUGGCCCGGGUGCCUUUUCCAUGCCUUUAUCCCUAGUCCAGCAUAAUAUUACUUCUUUCCUUGGACUCUUCUGAGCCGCUGACUUAGGGCAGCCCUAGCUGCUGGGUGAUCUUCCUCAGAAGGCAAAUGAGUCUUUGGUGAAUUAGCAAGGCUAGGAUAUGAGCCCUGCCGCUGUAUGACUCCUACUGAAAACUGCCUCAGCUUUGGAGUGCGUCACUGGGAGAGAGCUAAACUCCAUCACUUUAGCCCUGUCCUGCUGUUAGACGUGUCUCUGCAGGGCUCUGGGCUAGAAGAGGAGGAAUGCGCCAAAGCUUGUUUUUAAAAAAGACCUAACCACACAAUUGAUGAACUUCUCCAGUGGAAAAAAUUAUGUACUCUUUGUUGUAAAUUAUGCCAAGAUUGUAUUGUUGUUGUAGCAACUAACAAUAUUUAACAGACAAAUUCAGAGCAGGAAGCAGAGUUGGGUCACCUGAAGAUACCAAUAAAGGUUGCAUGGGUUUUGUGGAAAUGCAGAAUGAUCCCACUAUUACCACUCAAUUUCAUUUCCUAGAUUUAAGCAGGUGCCUCUUCAAGCGUUGGUGAUCAUGUUAGGAAGCUCCUUAACCCACUCUGGUUGGGCCGGAAGAAAAUCUUUGAAUGGUUUUCCAGCAACAAUAAAUGACUUUUUAAAAUAAAUAACUCAAUAAAAUAGAA